AUGUCGGCAUGGGAAACUGACAAUGCUUUUGUAAAAGCUGCCACGAACUUAUACAAAGUGACUAAUCAGACUGAUUCUUGUUGGGUUUGUGGCUAUGUCCCUCAUGGGGGGAAAUGGGGUUAUCCAUUUGUGGGUUUUCCUAUUACCGCACACAAUUUGACACAAAUGAUAAAUGAUGAUACUAUGUGGAAUUUUACACCAAUAGUUAACACUGAUAAAGGUUUUGAAAAGGAUAGGGUACACUUAGUCAAUUGUGUAAACCAUGGUGUUAUUAUGUCCCAUAAUCUUAAUGGUACUAGUUUUCACCCCAGUACACUUAGUCAAAUGCCUAUUACAGUUGCCUUAAUCUACAAUGCAGCCACACCAGUUAAUGCUACACUGUUAAAUAUAUGGGAUGGAUCCUAUCUUUCUUUUGAGUAUAUUCGUAAUUUUACUGCUAAGUAUACUGAACCACACAACACAAUUCGUAAUUGGUUCUGGCGUAACAACAGAAAUAUAGGUAAACAGACAGGUGCUUCUCCAGAAGCUAAGAGGAAAAGAUUUCCCUCAUGUCCUUCAGUUAUUAAGUUACCUUAUGGUUAUUAUUGGCUUUGUGAAAGAUGGGCAGUUAAAAUUAUACCAUGUAGCCAUCUCUCACCUUGUUAUUUGGGUUACAUAUUCCCAGCAUUAAGUAUUCAUGACACACUCCCUAAUGCUAAACUGCGAACACGUAGAGCUUCUGAUUUUACAGUUAAGACUAGUACUGCCGAGAUAGCUACUGCAUCUUGGUUUCCUACCGCAGCUGUCAUGCGAUUAUAUUAUAAGCUUAAUUUGUUUGCUACACUGGUAGAUGCAGCUUUUAAUUCCACUGCAGACGCUAUAGAGUCCUUAACUAUGCGACAAGAGCAGAUCGCUCAGACUGCUCUCCAGAAUCGUAUGGCUUUAGAUUAUUUGCUAGCAGCAGAAGGAGGAGUAUGUAAGCGCAUAGGUUCUUCUUGCUGUGUUUUUAUCUGGAACAACACUGGUAGAAUACACCAUGAUCUUGACACUUUGCAUGACAUUCAAUCACACAUACGUAAGCAGCCAACAGGUCUCUUUGAUGGUAUAGAUUGGACCUUUGGUCUGAGUUCCUGGCUAGGAGCUCUUGAGUUUGAAUGUUUUCUCUGCUCUGAUUAUGUGAAGUGGUUCCAUUGUUAUAUUUGCUUUAGCUGGGUUCAUGUGAUCAUAUUGAAGUGA